CUGACUGGAUGAGGAUGCAGCCGCUGACCACCUGUCAUCUAUAUUCACCCUGUAGAUCCGAAUUUGUGUAAGUACAGCAGCAGCCACAAGUUCGCAUCUUGGGGAGCAUGUAGGUGAUGACUUCACCCCGAGCGGAGCAAACGAGCAGGUGAACCGAGGCUGCAGCAGCUCCACGUUCUUACACAAUAUGACAUGUGUGAAAGUUGCAGGGCGACUCCUCAAUGUGGUCUUUGUUGUGCGCACCAUUCAUCACGUCUUCCUUUCACCGGAGCCGAGGAGGAGUCCUGCAAGGAGCCGCGAGCAGGAGUCCACGACUACAGACGGCCCGAACCAGAGCGGACGAGGAGGAGUGAUGGAGAUGAGGAGGCGAGAAGAAGAAGAACCAAGCCAGAAGCGCCGGCUCUCUGGAAACCUGCCAUGUGACACUUGGCUGCCGGCGCCGCUGCACAAGGUCAAAGGGGCCCCGGUGCACAUUUCAUAGAAAUGCACAAAGCCAGCGCUGCGCGCGACGUCCAGCGCGUCGUCAGCGGCGCUGCGCGCGGCGGCGGCGGGUUCGAGCGCACUCACCGAGCGACUGCACACCAGCAAAUGGCGCAACGGGAGACGGCGGAGCUGAGGUCAAAACAACAGAAGCUAAUGAGCAAAAAGAUUUUCCCCUGGAUGAAAGGUUCCAGGCGCCCGAACCAGAACCAGGACAGGAGAGUCCCAGAAUGCACCGUUAACGAGAAGUGUCCAAGCGCGACCCCGACCUCCAAGCGGACGCGCACCGCGUACACGAGCGCGCAACUGGUGGAGCUGGAGAAGGAGUUCCACUUCAGCCGCUACCUGUGCAGAGCGCGGCGCGUGGAGAUGGCGAACCUGCUGAACCUCCACGAGAGGCAGAUCAAGAUUUGGUUUCAGAACCGGCGGAUGAAGCAGAAGAAGGACGAGCGGCUGCAGGGCCUCGCCGGCAGCGCCACCGCCUCCUCCUCCUCACCCCCGUCCUCCCCCUCCGCCCCGGGCAGCCCCACGCUGUCGAGCCUGGGCUAUGUCCACGUGGGCGGGGACUACCAGCAGGCCUCUCCCCCGCUCAUGUCCCAACAGCAGCAACCCCCGCCAGAGUACCUGGAGCAGUUCUCCAAAUACCCCGCUCCACGACUCACGCACGGCCCGCACCUCGACACGCACAGCCUCGACUUCGACCGCACAUACUUCUCGCAGAGCUACGCUUCUCAGGACAGAAUAAUGCAAGCUCCAAAACUGACUCAUCUGUAAAAACGGAAA